CGCGCGUCUGCCUCGGAGAGCGGACAGGAGCGCUUCCGCCGCCGUGAGGAGGGCACCCCGCAGUUCUGCAGCCGGGGCCGCCUUCGGGGAGUGGAGGUGGCGGGGCAGCGCGCUCGGGCAGGCGUUGAGGUCGCUCCUAGCUGAGGUCUCCGAAAGGAUGCCCAGGUGUCAGGCGGGAGGGUGACCCGGCUCUCCGCCGGCCCGUUUUCAAGUGUCCGUCUCCCUGACCUCCCCCGGCCCCGGUCCACACGCGUGUGCUGACUGGCGAUUACCUUCAGCGGACUCAGUGUCUCGUUUGACCCCCGCCGCGGGUCAGGUUCUGUGCCCGGCCCGCAGGUUGUCUCAGCGAACAAAACAACAAAGAUCCAUGCCCUCGUGGGCCCUACAUUUAUGCAGAGAAGAAAUAGAAGACCGUUAUGUAACUUGGCAUAUGGUGCCAACAACAACAAAAAAAAAAAAUUUGAGCGAGCUAAAGGGACAUCAAUGCAAGCCUGAAGAAAAAGUAAUUGCUCCAUUUUAAGCCAUGGCAUAUCAGUUAUACAGAAAUACGACUUUGGGAAACAGUCUUCAAGAGAGCCUUGAUGAGCUCAUACAGUCUCAACAGAUCACCCCCCAGCUUGCCCUUCAAGUUCUGCUUCAGUUUGAUAAAGCUAUAAAUUCAGCAUUGGCUCAGAGAGUCAGGAACAGAGUCAAUUUCAGGGGCUCUCUAAAUACAUACAGAUUCUGCGAUAAUGUUUGGACUUUUGUAUUGAAUGAUGUUGAAUUCAGAGAGGUGACAGAACUUAUUAAAGUGGAUAAAGUGAAAAUUGUAGCCUGUGAUGGUAAAAAUACUGGCUCCAAUACUACGGAAUGAGUAGAGAAAUGCAGCUUGUUUAUGCCACCUUCUGUUAUUUUCAUCGAUUGUUGAAGAAAAACAUAGAAGAGACUUUUUUUUAAUUUAUUCUCACGGUGCAGAAAUGACAACACUGUGCUAUACUACCCAAGGGUUCCACAGAGGAAAAGCAUGUGACUCUGUUCUCUUUCAUGACCUUUAGUACACAACAGAAAGAAAUGUAACUUUUUUUUAUGACAAAUCAAAAGUGGUUGCCUUCCUAAGAAUAUUCUUCAAUAAACUUGUUUUAAAACUU